AGCUUGACAUCAGGUUGCGGGCUCCUGUGCCGCUGACGCAGGGCAGAUGGAAAAAACUGAUCCUUGAGGAGAGGGCAGCGGUGAUGCGGGGCGGACUGUGUCUUUAAUUUCACAGGUUCAAAGCCUGAAGCUCGGCCUGAUAGAGGACAUGCGAGUCACCUACAUGUAGGCUUUCACCCUCUCAUUCAGGUUUCUGCACAUGGGAGAGCAGCUCAUCCUUUCUGUAUCUAACCUGCAUCCGAUCGGAGGAUUUUUGGACGUUAUUUUUUGCGCAAACCUCCAUCAUGAACUACCUGCGUCGGCGCCUCUCUGACAGCAAUUUUAUGUCCAACCUGCCCAACGGCUACAUGACGGAUCUCCAGCGGCCCGAUCCGCCGCAGCCAAACCCCGCAGUGUCACCCGGAGCGGCGGAGAGGCGCCAGCAGCCCCCCGCGCAGCAGCACUCAGGAGGCGGCGCAGGAUCCGGAUUCUUCUCAUCCAUAUCCAAUGCUGUCAAACAGACCACCGCCGCCGCCGCGGCCACGUUAUCCGAGGCGGCGGACCGCGCCGGAGUCACCAGUAGUGCCAAGAUCCUCCUGGUUAUCGACGACCAGCAGAUCGACUGGGUGAAGAUGUUUCGAGGAAGAAAAGUCCACAGUGAGUUUGACAUCAAGGUUGAACAGGCAGAAUUCUCCGAAAUCAACUUGGUAGCCACUGCUACAGGAACCUACAACGUGAACAUUGAUGCAAUCAGGAACGGACAUAAGAUUAACAAAUCAUUUAAGCCAGACUUUGUGUUGAUUAGACAGCAUGCUUUCAGCAUGGACAAAAACGGAGACCAUCGCAACAUCGUCAUCGGCCUGCAGUACGCAGGGCUUCCUAGUGUUAACUCUUUGCACUCUGUCUACAAUUUCUGUGACAAACCGUGGGUGUUUGCUCAGAUGACUAGACUGUACAAGCAGCUGGGCCCGGAGGAGUUCCCCCUGAUUGAACAGGUUUACUAUCCCAACUAUAAAGAAAUGAUCACAUCGCCUGGGUUCCCUGUUGUGGUGAAGAUGGGCCAUGCUCACUCAGGAAUGGGAAAGGUCAAAGUGGACAAUCAAUAUGAUUUUCAAGAUAUCGCCAGUGUUGUGGCACUGACCAAAACGUAUGCCACAUCUGAGCCCUUCAUUGAUGCAAAGUAUGACGUGCGCAUCCAGAAGAUUGGCAACAACUACAAGGCUUAUAUGAGAACUUCAAUAUCUGGCAACUGGAAAACCAACACUGGCUCAUCUAUGCUUGAACAGGUUGCAAUGUCAGACAAGUAUCAAAUGUGGGUGGACUCCUGUGCUGACAUAUUUGGAGGGUUGGAUAUCUGUGCGGUGGAGGCUCUGCAUGGAAAAGAUGGCAAGGACUACAUCAUCGAGGUUGAUGACUGUUCGAUGCCGUUGAUUGGGGACCAGCAGGAUGAGGAUCGUGCCCAGAUUGUAGAAUUGGUCAUUUCAAAAAUGAACCAAACUGUAACACGCACUUCCAGUACUUCCACAGUUCGUGCAGCGACAGGACAGCCAUCACAGAAAGCACCGUCUCCUCAGCCUGUCUCUCCAUCCAAAGUGUCACAGGCUCAGCAGCGCCCCCCACCCCAGGGGGGCCCCCAGCAAAGUCCCCCAUCUCAGCAGCGUCCACAACCUCAAGGCCAACCGCCGACACAGGCCCAACAGUUGAGCCAGGACACUGUGGAGCCCAGUGUCCAGACAAAGCCCAACACCCAGCAACGGCCAUCAGAUCAGGGAGCACCUCAUGGCCAGAGAGCUUCUUCUGGUCAGGGUUCUCCUCAGCGAAGCCAGGGAGGGUCCCCUCAAGCUCAGAGACAACAAUCUGUCUCCCAACAGCAGAAAGCUCCAGGAGGUCAGAAGCCCCCGGGGGUGCAGAGGCCUGCUCAUCCGCCCAGGCAGCAGUCACAGGGAGGGCCACAGCAACAGAGGGGUCCUGGUCAGCAAAACCGGCCUGGAACAGCCACAACCCAGCAACCCCAACCUGUCGCCCCAGGACAGGGAGGUCCAGGUGGGCGACCUCCUAUGCAGCAGAAGCCUCAGCUCCCACAGAAACCAAGUCAGGACAACACACCUGGGGGUGGCCCUUCACAACUAAACAAGUCGCAGUCUCUUACCAAUACCUUCAACAUUCCAGAAAUCCCGGCGCCACGAGCCAGCCUUAGCCAGGACGAGGUGAAGGCCGAAACCAUCCGCAAUCUACGCAAAUCUUUUGCUGGUCUCUUCUCGGACUGAAAAGGCAUUAGCCCCUCCCCCUCACUCUGACUGACAGAAAGACGGACAAGCAUCCUGGAGGACAGAUUUCUUCUCUCCGCAAUGGACACGGACCAACAGGAUGCCACCUCCUACUUACCAACACUGACGCUCAUCACAAAACACACACACACACACACACACACACACACACACACGGAACACCCACUGCCUAAAUACUUCAGACAUUUUCAAAGUAAAAUACAUAGAAAAUUUGGGUACAGAUGUCUGAAACAUUCCUCGCCUCAAUCUCAAGUAAGUCACAUAAGCUUGUGUGCUGCAUGCAUGAACACACAGACACCGCUUCCACUCGUUGUUGUUGCCGUGACGCCAUUGUGACCUCUAACGCCGGCUGGUUUUCGACGAACAACAGGCGAGAACACGAUAAUGCAGUCGUCGAUGUUGUUGAAUCUCUGGAACGCUCUUGAACACUCAUUCUGACAUCUUACUGCAUGUCAACAGGAGGCAGCGGAUGUUGUCCAACACCCCCCCCCCCCCCCCCCACACACACACACACUGGUGCUUAUAGCUGUGUUGUCACAUGUAGCUGAAUUAGUAAAGUAGUCUGGUAGCUGUAGGAAUGUUUGUUGCUUCCACUUUCUUCUCAAAUAUGUCGCACAAGAACAAAUGGCGGAAAGCUCUCCACCUUGAACGCAUGCCUUACUAACACGGAGAAGACAGUACGGUCAGACGGAGGUGUCUCAGGGAUGUCCAAGUGAUUGUCUUCCGUGAUACAUUUGUUGAACAGUAAUGAAGGGAAAGUUAUAGAUUUAGUUUGGGCGUUUGAACUUGCACACAAAGUACUGCAAAAUAAUACUUGAAUACACUGACUGAUAAAGUGUAUAUUUUCAGGUUUACUUUGCUACCAGAUUUUCUGACAGGUGCAUCACGGUAUGACACAGCACUGGCAGGGUUGGUGAGCAGUGGAAUGUUAAAAUGUAGUGUUUUGGAAUAGUCACUGAGU